AUGGAGGGAAGAGAAGAUGGUGUUCGAUUGGGAACUCACAGAUUUGGGGAAAGACGGCCGCUGGGGACGGAGGCUCAGAUCCACGAUAAAGAUUACCAAGAACCUCCCGCCGCUCCAUUGUUCGAGGUGGCCGAGCUCUUCUGCUGGUCCUUUUACAGGGCUGUCAUCGCUGAAUUCAUCGCCACUUUCCUCUUUUUAUAUAUCACCCUCUUGACCGCAAUCCAAGUCUCUAAUUCCCCCUCCAAAUGCUCCUCCGUCGGAGCCCUUGGAGUUUCCUGGACCUUUGGUGGCAUGAUCUUCGUACUCGUCUAUUGCACAGCCGGCAUCUCAGGCGGUCAUAUAAAUCCCGCCGUCACAUUCGGAUUGUUUGUGGGUAGAAAAUUGUCGUUAACGAGGACCUUGUUCUAUAUGGUGAUGCAAUGCCUUGGUGCCAUUUGUGGUGCCAUCGUUGUCAAGGGGUUUGAAGGAAACAGUGUGUUCGAGCUACACAGCGGUGGUGCCAACGUGGUUUCCGAUGGCUACACCCAGCUGGCUGGCCUGGGGGCGGAAAUCAUCGGCACAUUCCUCCUUGUUUACACCGUGUUCUCUGCCACCGACGCCAAGUUCAGUGCCCGAGACUCCCGCGUCCCUAUUUUGGCGCCAUUGCCAAUUGGGUUUGCGGUGUUCUUGGUGCACUUAGCCACGAUCCCAAUCACCGGAACCGGGAUUAAUCCGGCGAGGAGUCUGGCUGCUGCCCUUAUCUACAACGAGAAGCACGCAUGGGAUGAACAUUGGAUAUUUUGGGCGGGACCAUUCGGCGGGGCAGCAUUAGCGGCGUUCUACCACCAAGUUGUGAUAAGGGCAUUUCCAUUCAAGUCUAAUUAA